GACACUCAUGGCGUGCCAUAUUAUCCUCGAGGGUAUGACUCCCUUGAUAUAGCGCAAACGUUGCAUCCUACCAAUUAGAAUAUCUUUUACAUGGCAGCACACUAAACUCGACGUGCCUACAUCUAGAGAACGGCCCUGGACCUACGUUCGUUUCUUCGCUACCGUCGAUGGGAGAGAGAACUUGACCUGCGCUUCUAAACCUGGGGUUAAAAAACAUGGUCUAGAUCAAAUAUUUCUGACGUACAAAGAAUCUAGUCAUAUGCGCCGGACAGCAAACUUUGCCAAACGUGUUCUCAUUCUCGAAGAUGCCCCUGCGAAGGAUCGGCGAGCAAGGUCAAGCUCAGACUCGAUUCCAGCCGUUGGACUGGAGCUUUGGCAAAACUUUGACUCUAUAGACCCAUCUAAAACUGACAAGAGCAGAAUGGUCGGGUUACACGACCAGAGACGGGACGUGUUUAUCAGCAUGGCAGGUUGCGUUUUUGGAGUUGACUGUAUGUUGCCGUGAAACCCGGACGCAUGUCGCUCAUCUUACAGGUAGAGAUUGCUGCUAGGCGGCACAACUAGCGGCUUCUCAAAGCUCGAGCGUACAACACGAAUUGUAUUCGGAGUUGAAUCGGAAUCAUGGACCUUGAUGGGAAAGACUCCGAUUAGAAUGAUGCGAAAAGCGCUUCUUCUGGAGCUCCGAGUUUGUUCGUACUGUCAUGUACACUUGCUCUGUACCCUCUUGCCGCCGUCCCAACCUAUACGGUGCCUCUUGUCUCUUAUGUGAGCGACGCUUCUGCGUGGAACAUCUCGGGAAGGAGUAUCAUCCUUGCCCGGAUCGCUCUAUCGAGAGUGAACAAGAUGCAUACCACGACGCCUGGGUUGAUGCGCGGGUUGUAGAAAUCAACAAGCUUAUUGCUUCAUUGGACUUGGAUGCACUGUGCGCUCGUGCGUCUUCUCUAAAGGGUGGCGUCAGGUGCGAAACCCCGCCUCUGGUAUAUGAUGAAGAUACAUGCUACAUCAUGAUGGGUGGCAUGAAUUACCACUUCCCCCUCAAAUUUGACGACGGGGAUACGUGGAUCUGUCGCAUUCGCAGGGUAAAUAUAAACACGCCACCUGCAGCCAUCGAGGACGUGGUCAUCCAGAGCGAGGUUGCAACGAUGCGUUUCUUGCACAGCGUCGGCGUCCCAGUACCUCGAGUCCAUGAUUUUGGACUCCAUACUUCCGACAACCCUGUAGGCACUGCCUAUAUCCUGAUGGACGAGGUCAAUGGCGAGCCUCUUAAUUGGACUUACAUUGAUGAAGGUGACAAGAAGUACAUCCUCGAGCAGUACGCCGACAUCUUCAUCAAGCUAUCCGGCCAUUCCUUUAAUGCCAUAGGUGGUCUUCAAUCACGAGAUGAUGAGUUUUACGACGUCGGUCCGUUUACCGCAUACACGAGCUUCCUUGCGGAUCUGCAUCCAGAUGGUGCUGUCUCUCUGCUUGGUCCAUAUGAUACUCACGAGACAUACCUCCGUGCUGUCCUCGAGCGCACCCUCGAGUACAUCCACUCUGGAAAGGGCUAUGUGAAGAAUCGAGUUGAUAACUAUCUACUGCACAAGUAUCUUUACGAAUGCAUUCCAGAUAUCGUGAAGGCGACGAAUACCGAUGGCGGCUUCUUUCUGAAGCACAUGGACGAUAAAGGUGACCAUAUCCUUGUGGAUGAGGGCAACAACAUUGUUGGGGUGGUGGACUGGGAAUGGGCGCAGACCGUUCCGAAAGCUGAAGCCUUUGCAGCCCCGUCGUUCAUUGCCGGAGUCGACAAAUAUUUUGGUGAUGCGGACGUGGAACUUAGUGAUGAUGAAAUUCUUUUCGCGGAUAUACUUGAUGGUAAAGGGAAGGAGGAGCUUGCGAUGCUUGUCCGCAAUGGUCGCCUGCAACAUCGCAUUUGGCGCAGCAUUUUCGAGAACAAGACUGCCGAGAACCUCCCAGACUCUUUCGUGAGCCUUCAGACGUCUCUUUUUGGAGCAAAUAACACUCCGGUUGAAUGGGAAACAUGGAAGGGACUUGCUUUAAUAAAGUAUAAAGAUGAUAUUGGGUUGCAGCGGCUCCUUACUGAAGCCCGUCUAUUAUGACCUUGUUUCAAUAUGGUUGUCGACCUGCGGGAGGUCUUGCCAACGUUGUGGUUAUCGUAUGUGACAUUCUGUUUGUGUUUCCGUCUUCAACUUUCUUAGAUGUAAUACGUCCACCUUGUUUGUGUUCUAGCGCGUUGUACUUCGGAUUUAAAUCGUAAUUGCCCCUGACCUUUGACCACCUAUUUUUCAUACGUACUACAGUAGAUACCUACAUCGAGGGAUUCAGAAGUAAUCUCUAUAGUUCGAAGUAGUUUCAAGUAGUUUCAAGUAAAAAAUCUGAUAAUUCCUAGUAAAUUUGAUGAUUUUCGGGGAUCGUUAGGGAGUCCGG